CCACGAAACAGGAAGUUCUCUCACAAAUAAUCUUUGAGAAUCCGCUGUUGAGGAAGGCCGAUGGUACAAUGUUUAUGGCGGACACAUCACAUGGCAGCUUCGGUAGAUCGUGGGUGGAGAAAGGUGUGGUGCGGCUAAGAGACCUUUGGCUGGAAAUUGAAGGAAGGUGGAUUUCGGGUAGAGAACUGAGAAGCGAGCUGCCAGGAUGUUGGGGCGUCGAGGACAAGCUGCAGGCUAUCCUCAAUGCUCUUCCGGAAGAGUGGAGUUGGUUGCUGAGCCCGGAAGGAGUAAAUCCUCCCGGAACAUGGUACGAAGUACAAAAGACGGCUGAAGCGAGGAGGUUCCUAAAGCUUGUGGAACUCAGGCCAGAGGGAGGCCGAGUCUUCCAGUCAUGGAGAUUACAGAUAAAUACAGAGGACAUGAGGCUGGAGAAGGAGGAGGAGUCAAGCCAGUUAAGCCAGGGGACGACCCCAGUAGGACCACUCACGGAAAUUCGAGUUAGAGAAGUUUGCUCGGACAAUGGGGAAUGGAAGGUGGUGUUAUGGAAUGAAGGAACUCCAGUAGCUCAGCUCACUGCAGAUCCAAAGCAGUGGGCAUGGAGAGGGCGCGGAAAACAAGGCACGGAUUUAAGUUUUGCAGAUUAUGACCUGAAGGUGGGGGAGGAGGAGGAUGAACUUGCGGGAGGGAUGGCAGAAAGCGAUGGAGCUGUCGAUCUUCAGCUGGGAGUCGGGUGUAGUGGAUGGCAUGAUGGAUGCGAGGGAAACGAUGAUCUUGAUGAGGGAGCGAGGGACAUUGUGAGGGACGUGCUUGACGAGAUGGAGGAGCGAGAGGAGGUGGAGUUGCCAGGGGAGGAGGUCGUGAUGACGUCGCGUAAGGAGGACCCUGAGAUCCGAAAGGGGAAGAAUCCGAUGGGGGAGACCGACCAGGCAGCGACCCGACCGGGGAAGAGGGUCCGCCAGUCCAAGAUCGACAAGGUCGACACUGCGGACAAGCAAUCGAUCUUCAACGACAAGUUUUUGCAGUGGAUUUAUGACUCUGGCAUUCCGUUCAACGCGUUCAGGAGGCAAUCGAGGAGGGUGGUCCGAAAGGAGACGGGCGCCAUUGUCUUCCGCAGGUGGAAGGCCAUCAUUGAGUCCUUCCCUGGGAAGGACGUCAUAGCUUUCUGUACAGACUCCGCUAGUAACUACACAAUGACCGCCCGUUUGCUCGCCGCAGACCCAGAUCCAGUGGUCCGGCGCAUCACUUGGCUCCUCUUCUCGACCCAUGUCUGCAACUUGAUGUUGUCAGACAUAGGGACACGAGUGGGGUGGGCAGUUGACACCAUUAUCCGUGGACGAGCGAUGAUGCGAUUUAUUAAAUCGCACGGCGCAGCUCUCGCCCUUUACAAGAAGAAGAGCCCGCGCGUUCCGCUUGUGCAGCAAGUUGAGACUCGCUUCGCAUCAGUUUUCAUGAUGUUGACUUGUCUCCUUGGGAUACGCGACUCGCUGGAGGCGAUGUUGCAUGACGACGCCUGGCGAGUAUCCCGUGGGAGCGAAGACUGCUACCCCAGGCGAGAUGCGUGUACUGGAGGUGAUCCCACCAGCAGGGAUUACCUCGUUGUUCGUGACCAGAUGCGCCGAUUCCAUGCGCGCAGUAGAGACCAGGGUGACAGGCUGGUGUCGGAUGCCGAGGCGGAGGGUUGCCAUGGGGAUCAGGAAACGCACCAUUGCGCGGCGUGGUGGUUUGUCCACGGCACUGCCCACCAUGAGUUACGUGCUAUCGGUAUCCGUGUGAUGCACAUGUGGUCGCUAUCCAUGCGCGCAGUGGAGACAGGGGUGACAGGCUGGUGUCGGAUGCCGAGGCAGAGGGUUGCCAUGGGGAUCAGGAGACUCACCAUUGCGCGGCGUGAGGAUGUGGCGGGGGGCACAGACAGGACGACGGAGCAUGUGUACUUCACGUACGGGGGUGGGUCGGACGGGCAUGCGCCGCGGACGCCCGUCAUCACGGACGAUGUCACUGGCGGGGCACACGGUAGCGCCACUCGACACCCUCCAGCGGGACGAGGUCGUGGCGCCGUUGCUCGCAACGUUCACCCCCGCGCGAGGAGAGUUCUAGGGUUGGAGUCGAGUGACGAGGACGAGGGCGUGGCACCUCACGCUGACUGCCUGCGGGACCCUCGGUUUGAUCCGAGCCACCACUCCAGGGAGCAUUCAGAGCAGCUUCGUCGGUCACACAGGUUGGCAGAGCGUAGCAUUUCAGCGUCCCAGCAGCCUCAGAACAUACCGGUCGCGGAGGGGACACCGUCACACAGCGGCCCCGCUCAGGCUGCAACAUCCUCUCUGCACACCAGCAAUUUCGAUAUCGCUGGUUUGCAUGGGGGCUCACCUGUCUUACGAUGCAGAGUCCAUGACAGAGCGGAUUACAGUACGGAUGUGAGGGAGAGGGAGGAGACUGUUGAGGAGAGGGAUGCUCGCCUGGAUCGCGAGGAGGAGGCACGGUUACAAUCCAUGCCUCGAUGGGAGGGCGGAGAGGCGUAUGAGGCCGAGCAGCGGAGGCAGAGGGAGUUAAAGACGAUAGGAGCGGGUCCGCCAUCGAGCGUCGGACGUAUGCCGACUUCUGACAGGAUGCAGCCUCCCUCUGGGCCCUCUCAUGUUGUGGGUGGUGGUGCUGACACAUGCGGAUUGGACGCUGGAGGCGAGGGGCAGGCAGAUGUGCCAUGCGAGGGUGGUCAUGUCGGGGGUGUCGAGACAGUCGGGGCAGACAUAGGAGAGGAGAGCUCCGACGACGGCGAGGAGUGUGCGGCCGCCGAGGCUAUAGUAGGCGACGUCGUGAUUGGCAUAUGCGCGGCUGGCACAGAUGGAGGGACUCAUGGAGGGGAGGAGGGGAUGGUGGACGAGGGCAGUGUGCCUUUGCCUCAGGAGGAGUUGGUGGACGAGGGGAGUGUUCCUUUGCCUCAGGAAGAGUUGGACGAGGGCGAUUUGGCUUUGCCUGAGGAGGAGUUGCUGGACGAGGACAGUGUCCCUUGGGAGGGCAGUGUGCCUUUCGACGCUUUCGUUGAUGGCGCGACAGAGGAUGACGAGGAGGGAGCAGCGGUCGACGCAGGCCACAGUGCCCCAUCCGUGCGAGAUGGCGUGACCGGAGGGCAUGUUGAGGAGGAGGGAGCAGCCAUCGACAUGUCCGUCGCGAUUAUUGUUAGGCCCCUGUCGGUGCGAGAUGUUGAGAGAGGAGGGCAUAUUGACUCGGGCGGUAGAAUUUUAGUAUAUAAAGAAACAACUGGCUCUUUCUCUACAGGUGGGCAGUUGGGGGAGAUGCCUCAGUGGGAUGGCGGGGAACCGGGGGAGUGCACUCCGACCCCAUUACAUCCGGAGCAGCUAGAGAGGUUGGGGACGGAGGACCCUUUCCCGUUCGCCGGUGGUCAGCCCUCGCCUCCCCCGUGGGCUCCAGUGAGCCCUAGGUGGACCGGAUCAUUGCAGUCUAACAUCCGCGAGCGGGAGUCUUUGGAGAUACAGGCGGCAGUGUUUUCAGGCGGGCCUGGCAGCAGCCGUGCGCAGCCACUGACGCACCCUGUAUCUCGAGCAUCGCAACAGGGAUCAGCACCGGCUGCAGGUCUUCCACCGAUUGGAGGUCGAGGCAGCGGGCGGGGAUCUUCUUGGAGUCAUCGAGGUGGCGUUUUAGGGGGGUGGUCGUCUUGUCGGCACUGGCUAGCGUCCGUGAGUGGAUUGCUGUAAACGAGAGUGUUGUGCACACAUGACCUUAGAAGACGUGAAGGUUGUUAGAACUUAGAAGUGCAUAUUACUCCUAGGAUCAGCAGAGUCGAGACGCAUGGUGGGUUGAGACUUUGAAAAGGUUGACAUUUGUCGAAAAUGACAAAGAGAUUGUGCAACCUAUUGUAUGAAAAAAUAAGGUUUGCAUUUGGCGAGCUUGUCGAAAGGUCAUGUCAUGCCCGAGCACGGUAGUACAGGGUCGAGGUGUACAUUGGAGAGAGACGUUGUGGUACACGGUAGGCUAGAUUCUUUCAUGCGUCGAGAGAAUGGUGAUCCGAUGCCUAAUGAAAUGCAAACUAAGAA